GGCGGGGGACAUCGAGCGGGUCUUCUCCCUCCUGGACCUGCGGGACAGCUUGCUCGACAAGGACCUGGCCGACUACGGGCAUGGCCCAGACCCCGGGAGGCGGCAGGAAAGGCGGACCCCUUCCAUGGAACUCUAUACCCUUGCCUUCGCCACGUGCUUUGAGCAAGAACGCUGGGACGCACUGCCCAUCCUCCUCAAACACAUGGCCGGGCACGGGCGCCGUCCCGAGUCGGUGUUUUUCGACGAGCUGGUCCGGGUCUUGGCCACCUCCCCCACGCGCCGACCCUCCCAGACCCUGGCCAGCCAAAUCUCCGCCUUGCGCCGCCUCCCCUUGAGCCAAGCCCAAGAGGGAGGGACGGGGGUCUCGGUGCCCUGUUCCUCCACCCUUCUCCUGGUCUUCAACACGGCCAUCCAUGCCUGCGCGGCGGGGGGCGAUUGGCGGCUGGCCUUGGACCUCCUCCACGAGCUGAAAGGCGAGAAAUUACGGCCGGACUACUACUCUUUCCAAGCGGCCAUUGCCGCCUGCCAACGCGUGGGCGAGUGGGAGCAAGUCUUGUCCCUGCUCCAGGAGAUGGAGGCGUCGGGGUAUCCCCCGACCCUGGCGUCCUACGAGGCGGUCAUGAACGCCUGCUUGCGCGCCCAAGACUGGCCGCGGGUGGUGGAAAUUUUGGAGGGAAUGAAACAGGUAGGGGUGAGUCCGGAUGCUCAUUUCAUCGAGUGGAUUUUGAAGGCGUUGGCGAGCCGAGGGC